AGAGGCUCCCAACGAAACAAAAGACUGUUAAGCUGAUCAACUACAUGUACCAAGAUCCACUGUCUUGAAUGCAACAUGUCAAACAGUGAUGAUCAAUGUGCCGAACGUGAGGUCUCGGCAAAACAUUGUGAAAACAACCCAGAUCAUUCUUGUGAAAAACCUUUUCAGUGUGGGAUGUGCUUAAAGUGUUUCUCUCACAAGUCUUACAUUGAGCAGCAUAUGAGGAUCCACAUUGGUCAACGACCAUAUCAGUGUGAGGUGUGUCGAAAGUGUUUUCUUUGGAAUACUUCCUUGAAACAGCAUAUGUUAAUUCAUACUGGAGUGAAGAAUUUCAAAUGCGAGGUGUGUGCAAAACAUUUCUCUAAGUGUUCUACCUUGAAAACUCAUAUGUUGUUUCACAGUGCCGUUAAACCUUUUAAAUGCGAGGUCUGUGCAAAAUGUUUCUCUCGGAGUUCCCACGUGAAAAGACAUAUGCUCACUCACACUGGAGUUAGCCCUUUCAAAUGUGACUUGUGUUCAAAAUAUUUCUCUUGCAAUUCUGAUUUGAAACAGCAUAUGUUGAUUCACACUGAUGUUAAGCAUUUUAGUUGUGAAGUUUGUGCAAAAUGCUUCAAAAAACGUUCUGACUUGAAAACUCAUAUGGUCAUUCACACUGGAGUUAGGCCUUUCAAAUGUGAGGUGUGUGCAAAAUGUUUCUCAAUAAAACGUCACUUGAAACAGCAUAUGUUGAUUCACACUGGUGUUAAACCUUUUAAGUGUGAGGUAUGUGCAAAACUUUUUUCACUAAAAUCUUACUUGAAACAACAUAUGUUUAUUCACACUGGUGUUAAACCUUUUAAGUGUGAGGUGUGUGCAAAACGUUUUUCUUUGAAUUACAACUUGAAAGAACAUAUGCUAGUUCACACUGGAGUUACGCUUUUUAGUUGUGAUAUGUGUGCAAAACGUUUCACUAAGAAGAAAUACUUGAAAAAGCAUGUUUUAAUUCACACUGAUGUCAAGUCUUUUAAAUGCGAGGUGUGUGGAAAAUGUUUCAAACUAAGAUGCAAGUUGAAAGUACACAUGCUAGUUCACAGUGGUGUUAAACCUUUUAGUUGUGAGGUGUGCACAAAAUGUUUUUCGUCGAAGACAUACUUGAACAAACAUAUGCUGGUAUCAGAGAGGCUACCAACGAAACAAAAGACUGUGAAGCUGAUCAACUACAUGUACGAAGGUCCACUGUCUUGA